AUGGGUAUACAGGCGAUAUCCCGAGUGACUCAAGUAAUAAGCGAUGGUAAUUACGAAGAUCUGAACGGUCUUCUAACUAAACCGGCCCGCUUGAGUUUGCUGCGAGAACUGGAGCGCAAUUGGAACGGUCGGCAUCGAGGCUUGUUAGCACUAAAACAUGAAGAUAUACAAGUAUCUUCGCCACGGAAAGUGUAUUUCAUACGGAUUGCUGAUAAAAAGUUUUGCGACGUUGAUAUGUCUUUCCUGGCGCUCAAAUGGGUAACGAUAAAUAGCAUAGACUCGUUGAUUUUCACCGAAAUCUUCGCGAGAUUUCAUCGUGAAUACACUCCGCACUGUAUCCCGGAGUGGACAAUCGCUUAUUUCAAAGUGACUCGAUUUGAAGUUUUACGACGC